AUGUUUAUUAGAGGUUUGCAAAAAAAAAUUGCCUCAUUAGUGUCAGUAAAAGACUCUGAAAUCCUGGAUGAAGCAAUCUCUGCUGCCAAAAAAAUUGAAGCUAAAAGCUACUAUAAAAAUGUGACUAUAGAAAGAAAAAAGAAAGAUGAUGAUAAGUGGGAAGGUAAUAUGAAUGAGUUGGUACAACAAAUCCAAAAUAUAACAACCAAUUAUGCCAAACUCACAGCCCUAUUAACUAUCCAAACUGAAGUUAAUAAGUCAUAUUCAAGACCACUCAUAAGAGCAAAUGUGCGUAAAGUUAAAGCCAAUUAUAACAGUAUUGAUGAUAGUUAUAAUAAUGAAGAGGAAAAGAAAAUUUUUGUUACUGGUGAAAGGUAUCACUCCUAUAGUUGUAGAAAUUAUGAUCACCUUCCAAAUUCUAAAUUACAAUGGGAAGAUCAGUUAAGAAGUAGAAAUAAUGUUAACAACCAACCAAGAGAAACCAAGAAAACCUAUUCUUUAAUUGAUGAUGAAAACUUAAUACAAUAUAAUGAUGACACUCUCUUCACUAGAGCCCUCAAAAGAAAAAGAGGCCUAUCGAUAAUUGACUCACUUGCCCCAUACAAUAUGGCUAAUAACAUAUUAACUAAACCUGCAAGUGCUACAGUCAGACAAAUGCUACAGUAUCUCACACAAUAUAAAAACUUGGCAAAAACUCUUCGAAGGCCAUCCAUUAUGGAAAAGACUGAUUAUGUCGAUGCUAUUGAUAAGACUCUGUUAUUGGGUAAUAACUGGUUUGAAAGAGCUCAUGCCUAUAUACACUUUAAUGAACAAAAACUGAUUUUGAGAUAUUUGAGAAGAGUCAUUAAAAUGCCAAUUUCUAAUAAUGGAUCAAAGAAGUUGCACCAACCUGAUGAACAAUUGAUCUAUGAAGAUGAAGAAAUAGAAGAAACUAAAGGUUAUUUUACUGAAGAGUUGAUAAGUGAAGAGGACUCUGAGCUCUAUUCCAACCUAUAG